ACUGACAACUGUCUAGUGUACGGGAGUUGCUCCCUUGUGUUUUGUAUGCAGUGAGCGGGGUUGGUCCCUGAAGUACUUAAUGCUGAUUUGAGUACCUUGAUGGACAUCAUCAGUGUCUUGUUUGGAGGACCCAUGGUCACCAUGAGGAGAACCAGGCUGCGUCUGCUCACAAUGGCUUUGGCCCUGUCCUUGGUCAUAGCCAUCUCAUUCUCCAAGAAGAGAACAUCUGUACAUGUCAUACCACCAACUGCACCAUACCUGUAUACCUUGCCAUAUGGUCACAGGCCAGUCUUUGGGGGUGUCACUUCUAUCCCUGAAACAGCGUCUACUAUGAAGAUGACCACUGUAUCAGAUCCAUCUUCAACAAUGGAAGAUGGUGCUUACAAUUGGAAAGACUUUGCUUCCUCUACUGUGGAAACUGCCUCUGGUUCAGAGGAGCAAACAUCUGCAACAAAGAUGAGCUACACUUCAGAAGAACUGGCUUCUACCACUGAAGAGAGUACCUCUACCAUGGAGGGGCCAGUCUCCUCAAAAUUUCCCUACCCUUGGGAGGAGUUGGCUUCUACAACUACGGAGACGAGCCAAAUGGCUUCCACGGUCACCGCAGGGGCAUUCGCUAGUGCAUCAUCUACCACCCUAACAGAGGUACCUACAACCAUGAAUGCUUCAACCACCGCUGUGGUGACUGAGGCCCUCCCUACAAAGUCAACUCCCAUGGAGACAACCCCAUCAAAGGUGCUGUCUUCUACAGCAGAGACUGCUUCCACAAUCCUUACAGAAGGUCAUGCUACCACCAUAACUGGGUUUACCACUGGUACACGGGCACCUAGCAUCACAAAGACUGCUUAUUCCACUAUGGCUACCACCACCCCAGCUGCUGGCCCGACACCACCCGAGCUGGUGGUGGGCAACUACACCAUUGAGAGGAAAGGUGGCAUAUUGUGUGUCAAGGCAGAGAUGGCCCUACAAAUAAGGGUGACCUACCGCACCAUUUUCAAGAAUGAGUCUGAGGGAAUCUUCACAAUCCAGCCUUCCCGCACAGUUGCUGUGGGAGGCUGUGGUGAGACCACAGCAACACUCCACCUCAAGUUUGACGAAGGGGUUAUAUUCUUUCGUUUUCAGAAGAACACCACCACCAACACUGUGUAUGUGAGCACUGUUUCAGUUUUGGUCACCAUCACACUUCCAAAUGCAGACCCUAAAAAGAGAACUUACACAGCCAAGAAUGAAUCUGUACAGCUCUUCAGUGCCCAGCUGUGCCACUCGUAUGCCUGUAACCAGCAGUCCGUCUCAAUGGGCCAGAAUCUUACCCUGGAAGUCUUCCAACAAAGGAUUCAGGCAUUGGACUUCACAGGACCUGCUUUUGGUCCUGAGGACCCCUGUCCUGUGGUCCAAGGAAGUAGCAACUUGGCCAUGAUUUUGUGUAUCCUCCUGCUGGUCCUCAUUGUUGCAGUUGCUGUGGCCUGUUUCAUCUGGAGGAGGAAGAAGUUGGAGGGAUACCAGCCCCUCUGAGUUAUACCCCCCCCCCCCCCCAAAAGUGAUCUAUAGCUUUGCACUGUCCCAAGGUGUCAUUUGUACUGUCAUUACUUCUAAACUCUUGUACUCUAACAGUCUGAGCCUCUACCCUGUAGAUUCCCUUUGGAACAUGCUGAUAAGGCUUUUCCUUCCAUUGUUAGAGGAACUGAGUAGGGAAUGAGGACCUGUUGCUGCCUUUUAUAUGAUCAAAGAGCCUUCAAACUCUGAGUCAACUCAGUUGUUCUGGAACAUGUAACUAGCUGCUUGUCCAGUGUAAUGUGAAACUUGAGUCUGACACAUGUGGUGAUGGACUGAGGUUUCAGCUAUGCAGACUUGCAUAUGAACAGUAUAAUCUGAAUUGCAAGGAUGCCUAACUUGAUUUGUCAAGCAACAGCUUUUUUUUAUGUAAAAUGAUGCAUAUUCAUAAUAAAUACAACUUACCACUUGCUUA